AUGCUAGAGAAGACCGCAGCCCCUGAGAGGCGAUUUAGUGUGGAUGGAAAGAGUUUAGUGAGACACCAGGGUGGAAAUGGGUUUCCAAGUACAUUGCCUGAUGCUUUAUUAUGUCUUUCAGUUUUUUUCAGGAAGAUCUUCAUCUUGCAACUAGUAGGGCUGGUGCUAUCCUACAAUUUCACUGACUGUGACUUUGAAAAGAUUAGAAAGAAAUAUCAGGAAGUCAUUUAUCAAGCCCUGGAGAAAUAUAUGAAUGGGAUCAAAAGCACCGAAUUCAACAAUCCCAUCUAUUGUGAAGACCCGCCGGAUUGCCUUACUAAAAUCGAACGCAUUACCUUCUAUCCCACCCACGGCUGCACGUCUCUCGCCAAGGAAAUCUUUGCGAUAGGAACUAAUGCUACGCUCACUCUCCAGUGCCCAGGCUACUCCGGAAUGCAGACAAAUAAUACCCAGGCAAAGAAGAAAAGAAAGAAAAGAGAAGUCACAACGUAUAAAUGCCGGGAACAAGUUGCAUACUUAAUGGAACUGUGGCGUCGUUUCAGUCGUAUUUCUUAG